GGAGUUCCACGUAAAGCACUAAUAAACCUCUCAUGUCCCAAAUACGACUUUCAAAGUUCCAUCAUUUUCUUGCUCUUUUUCCCUUCAUCUUCUCUCUGUAUUUUUUCUUCUUCAUGCUUCGCUCUUUCACGUCACACUCUCUUUCUCGAGCUACACCAUAUUCCUACUACUUUUCUUUUGCCAACAACAACAUUAAUAUAUUCCAACUCCCUAUGGAAAAUAAUAGUAACUCCAAAGAUAUGAAGGAUGAUCAGCAGAGAGAAGGGUACUACUGUAAGGAAGCGGCCGCCGGUGAUUAUAAUUCCCCAAAGGGUUCUUCUGAUUAUAUACUUCCCCAUCUUCUCAAUUUAUAUGCGUCACGUGCCACAAGGCAAGACUUUGAGAUAUAUGCUCCAAAUGCAACGUUUGAAGAUCCCCUUAUGCGUGCACACGGGGUAAAGCAGAUAAAGUCGUCAUUUUAUUCGCUUAACAAGGUCUUCAGUGAAUCUAGAAUCGUGGAAUACAGCAUCACAGAGAAAGAAAUUUCUCCAGGAAAUACUGAGAUAUUAAUUGACAACAAACAAUAUUACAAAUUCUUGGGGAAAGACAUUCAUAUGAUAUCACUGAUCAAGUUGUACACGGAAGGAGGAAAGGUUGUUCGUCAUGAAGAUUGCUGGGAUAAGAAACCUUUACUGAAUAGGGACACAGUGAAGGUACCACUCGUUGGGCGUAUGUUGGAGACAUCUCGCAGAGCUUCAAUGUUUUUAACUCAUGCUCUAAUGGGGUUUGGAAAAGAUCCCACCAUGUAAAUUGCUGUUAACUGUUUUAAUGAUCUCAAUUAGUUUUGCCUAAUUAUGCAACGUUAGAUAUAUGUUUUCUUGAGAAUAUGUAAGAUAAUUAUUCAUGUUGAUCCGUUUGGGCUAUGUUGCUAUUGGUUGAACCACAAUUGUUUGGAACGGAGGUUAAAAGAGUAAUUAGCAUUUUAGAA